AUGCGGCGGGCGGCCGUGUGGACGACGACAGUAUGGGCAUUAAUGGCAGCGGUGGCCGAGGGGUACCAAUCAUCGUACAACUACGUGCCCCAGGGCUCUUCCCCGACCCUGUACACCCCGGGGUUCGAGCCGAUCAUGCAUCUCGAUCAGAACACAUUCGCCGACACGGUCUUCGCCCAGGACAAGUCGUUUGUCGUCGAGUUCUACGCUGAUUGGUCGGUCGGGCAUUGUCGAGCCUUCGUCCCCUAUUUCCGCGAAUUCGCCAACCAAGUGUUUGGAUGGAACAAGCACUUCCCGGUGCUCUCUGUUCUCGAUAGAGCUGCGACGGACGGUGAGGAAGAAGAGGACCUCGUCGACGGUAUGCAAAAAAUUCUGAAGAACUCGGAGCGUGCCCGCCUCGUCUUCACGCAUAUGAGGGAAUGGCUGGAGGCACGGAAGGGCUACGGCCAUUUCCCCUCGCUCAGGAUGGAUUCGCCAAUU